AAUUCUGCCGUGGUGGGAUCUGAGAAGUCAGACUUCUGCGUUGCGCCAUACGAAACGAAUAGCGUUCGGUAAAGUCUGCCUUAAAAUAUUGGGGGACUCGGGGAAAACAAGCUCCGGGUCAUGUGUGAGGACAGUGGCACGCACAGGCACAGAUGCGCAUGUACGCAGACACACAGGCGCAUAACGAGGCAAGCAUGCACAGAGGCGUUCAGAUACACUUAACGGGUCUGGCGUACCUCCGCGGUUUAGCUGCUCCUUUUGGAGACCCUUCUGACCACUGAACGAGCAAUUCGCCGUGUGGCUGUUUCUUUUUUAGCAUUUAACUCUUGCAAGACGAGUUCCAGAAACGCAGUCGCAGUUGCCGUCGGAUCGUGGGAGUGUUGUCGUGGCUGUGGGUAACGGAGGGGGGGCGAGGGGGCGCUCUGCUCUGCUCUGCUCAGUGCAGGACGCAGGAGACAGUCGCUCUCCAAGGUGCUGAAAGUCGGAGCGCUCCCUCCUCUCAGUCUCGCCUGCUGACGAUGAAUGCGACCCCGGCUGAAUCACAGGUAAUCACAGGCUUCGGUCUCGAAUGGUUUCAUUUUUUUUUUAAUACUCUUAAACUUCUUCCCACGUGGAUUCUUAUUUUUUAUUUUUUAAUUUGUCGCCCAACCGAUGGAUGUAUACACGCAUAUGUGCAACAAGACUGACUGCCGCUUUCUAAUAUUCACCUGCAUCGUUGGGAAAUACUGAAUUGAUUCUCAGGGAACGCUACAGAGGAUUUUUUUCUAGCAGUUUUCUCGGUUUCUCUUUCUCUGACCGUAUCGCAGACGCGAACUGCAAUUUUGUCUCCAAAAUAAAAGAUAGAAAGAAAGAAAGAAUAAAAGGUGAGUCCAAUGAGGAUAAUCAUGAAGAAGAUCUACUUUUGCGCGGAUGUCAUUUUCUCUGCACUGGAAAAGGGGGGACCAAAUCUCCAAAAGGCUGGUGUUUAAUUGCUUUUAAUCCCACCAUCACGACGAGAGGAGGAGAUUACAAUAUCUCGUGGAGCCUUGUGAAUUUACCCUGUGGAUAGAGUGAAGUUUUCCAAUCGGCAAGGCGACUAUCUGCGAUCUGUUCCAGCCCCCGAUGUGUUGGGUCUCCUGGCUUCAUACUAAGUGGUUAUUGAUUAAAGCAAAUCAAACGCGCCCAUUUCCUAACGUGUUGAUGAUGGUGAUAACGAGGGGCAGGACGGAUCCGGAGAGGAUACCGGGAGCCUAGGGAUGACAUCCACAUAGCCGUGUUGAAUGUGGACGUCAACGCCGCGGCGAAGGAUGGGCCCUCUCCUCUCGGCCGCCUUCGUCCUCUUGCUGGCCCUCAGCGCCGUGUCUCCGGCCACCGUGGGCAACCCCGAGGAUUAUGCCGCGGACGAGGCGGAGCGGACCGCCGGCGAGAACAUCGUCUUCGAUGACUACCGGGGGAAAGGGUGCGUGGACGACAGCGGGUUCGUCUACAAACUCGAGGAGCGCUUCUACCCGGGACACUCGAACUGUCCGUGCGUGUGCACGGAGGACGGGCCCGUGUGCGACCAGCCCGAGUGCCCGAAACUGCACCCGAAGUGCACCAAAGUAGAACACAAUGGAUGCUGCCCCGAGUGCAAAGAGGUUAAAAACUUUUGCGAGUACCGGGGGAAAACGUAUAAAAUACUGGAGGAAUUCAAGGGUUUCCCAUCAGAUGAGGAAGGGACCAGUCCGCCCAGCAUGGCUGCCGGCGUGCCUCUGGCCUCAGCGCAGCUGCAAUCAAGAACCAGGAGCUAUAGGCCGUCACCUUGUGAAUGGUGCCGCUGCGAACCAAAUAAUGAGGUGCACUGUGUGGUGUCCGACUGCGCCGUCCCAGAGUGUGUCAACCCUGUGUACGAGCCAGAGCAAUGCUGCCCCAUCUGUAAAAACGGUCCAAAUUGCUUUGCUGGAACAACGAUCAUCCCAGCCGGAAUUGAUGUAAAGGUGGACGACUGCACCAUCUGCCGCUGCCACAACGGAGACUGGUGGAAGCCGGCGCAGUGCUUGCGGCGGGAGUGCCUCAAUGGCCAGUCGUUGUCAUAGAGAGGCUCCACCGGGGGAAGGUGGAAAAGCUCAGGCAAGGCUCUGCCUACUGCGCCAUUUUGUAUGAUUGACAGGGCAGGAGCACAAUUCCUUAAACACCUGAGAGAGCAUAGAGUCGACGGGACACGCUCACAAGCUUCACGCGAACGGACAUUUAGCCGGUGAGAAGAAGACAGAGUUCGUCUCACGGAUGUCUCCACCCCUCCAGUUUUAAUUGUCCUAUAUUUUCAGAGGUUGACCUGCUGCUCUCACACAAGAAGUUUCUAAGCUCACGAACUCUUUCCUAACCAUCGGCAAUGUUGAAUUGCUCACGUUAAUUUCUGUACGCGUGUCACCGAACAGCUUGUUGUACGCAUCGAUCACAAUCACGCAAGUGUUGUAAAAAAAAAUCCAACAGCAGGAAAAACAAACCGUAAGCACACUUAACAGCGCCUUCAUUUUUUCUGUUUGGGUUAUACGAGGAUCGACUUUGGCAAAAAGCACGGCAAACGGAGUUUCACGACUUCACACUAAGAGCUUGUUUACAAGGUGCACAUAACACGUAAAUGUCUCUGUCUUCAUAAGACUUUUUAUUGCUAUGGCAGAUGCGCACCACUCACACAUGAUGUCUGUCAUCAUUCAUAAACUGCUAUGGACUCCCAAAAGCCUGGUUUUAUCAAUAAACGUACACUGUCUUUGAGUCAUGAUAGAGUUUCCAUACGGUAGCAGCACAUGCAGAAUGCACUGGUGCUGCGGAAGCGCCGGUUGUGGCUGUGGGGGUGGUAGGCAGAAGCAAGAGAAAGUAGAACUACUGCAUCAAAAGAGCAAGUUUUCGCAAAACGCUUUCCAGCUCAAUUGGUUUUCGUUGUUUUCUCUCAGAAGUCCAUAUUCUCCGAAAUAUUCCCACUAACUAACUGCUUGAACUUGUUAUCAAAGCAAUUAGCAAGCCAAGAGCAGCCCGCUUUAAUUUUCCUUAAUCAAGGAGUAUUCUGUGAUAAAUCAUCCAGCUGGAUGCUUGGCGCUGCAGCAGCCUGCAUGCUGGGCACAUUCCGCAAAGAACCAGCAGACAAAAGGAGGGAGUUUGCAUAUGUCUCCGAGCUUCUAAACUGCAUUUGCAAGCAUAUUGUCCAUGUGAGCACACAUAAGUACGUCAUUCAUCCGCCGCCUCACUCUGCACUUGGCUUGUUGAGAUACAAAGCUGUUCAAUUACACCUCUUCUAUAGAUUAUGUGAUAGAUUCUCAGUUCCUCAGCUCCCGGGUAUGUUGCUCAGCCGAUAGCUCAGCUGCAGCUAGCCCUAGAAAACAGAGACAAGCUAAUGUAUGGCUUUGACAUUUUUUCAGACCAGAGUGGUCCUCAACACUUCCAGUCCAGAAGAAAAAGCACCCGACCAGGCCCCAAAACACAAUGUUUUUGAGAUGAUAAAUACUAGCCAUUAAUUUAAAGGUGAAUUUCCGUAACGCUCGUGCCAUUCAUCACUAAAAUUUUUUCCAUUUCCAGAAAAUCCGUUCCCGUUAACCUUUUAGACCCUAUUCCUGGGUGGUGAUGGAUGGGCUGCUUAAUAGCAGCUCCCAGCACUCUGUAAUGAGACAGAAAUGAACAUAGGAUAAAGACCAAUGACUAAAGAGGUGUAUUGUGUUAAAAGGCACUAAAACUAAUUUUGGGAGAAUCUCAUAGUCGGUGAAGUCGGUCGCAAAGCUGCAGCACACAGAUGUCGGAGAAAUCGCAGAAUAAAAACACCAUGGGUGAAGUUGGGCGCAACAAUGAAGCUUGGGUCAUUGUCAUCAUUAAGCUACAGUGAUUAAGUGUCUUUCAGUGAGAAAAGACAGACCUCAUCUAUCUGGCAUGAAGUCUGCAGGCUCAUAAAACAAAACUGACACGAAUGGUUUAUCAGUCACAGCUUCGGUGCUCAGGACAUUUUAGAAUUAUUAAAUGAGCGUCAUUCAUCUUAAUUACUUUAAAUGUCGCAUAAUUACUCAGCCUACACACGUACCCCUACCUCCCCCUAAAAAAAAGGAAUUACUUUAGGGGGUAGCAAAAGAGAAAGACUAGAGUAACUGCAGCAGUUGACUGGCUCAAAGGCAUUGCUGCCACCACAGAUGCCUUAUUGCUACUGUUCCAGAUAAGAUUCAUAAAGAAUGGCCUUUGGCAUGCGUCAUACCGAACGAACAGCCUGGGCUGCUUUAAGUGGUUGUUUGUUUCAAUUCUCUGCACAAUGGUAGUGUGUUAUACGAAACUAUUUAUUAUUAUUUUAUCCUACAACAUUCCAGAAACAGCCAGCAGAGGAAUUAGGAGCAUAAGGACAAGUAUAGUUCAAGAACAGCUAAAUAGUGCAAAUAACUGAAUCUACAGAUGGCACGGAAACUAAAAACACACUGUAAAGAAAGAAAGAGUCAAAAGAGAAGCGACAAAAAUGUCAGGCAGAAUUUUUGAAGGUCCAAGAUAUUAGAGACUUGCAGCAUUGUGACACUGUAACUCACUGUACCCCUCCUCAUACAGCGUUCUCCGAUGCUUCUAGACAGCACGCCAUUUGGGAAACUGAAACAGACAAGCCACGGACGCUCGUUUUCUUGAUUUUUUUCAAGCGGCUUUUAGCGUAAAAGAGGGACUGCGUAGAGCAAAGCGGUUGUCAACAAGGAGUUAAAACAGUGAGGAAGAAGAAGAUCAACAGUCCCUGCUAAAUUAACAAUCAAAUCAAACGGCAAACCGUACGUUCAAAGUCAGAAGUAAAAGAAAAUCAUUUCACUGCAGGCGAGCAGCAGGACCGUCGCGGUGCAUGCGUUGCUCAGCAUUGUACGUUACAGAGAGAAAUAAGCAAAACGGAGACGAAACCAUUCGCGUUAACAUAUAUUAGGUGGUCAUGCGUGUCAUUUCCAAAAACACAAGAGGCGUCGGCGGAGCACGCAUUCAUCGUACUUCGCUGAGCCUCUGCCCAGGCAAUCCAGGGGAACAUUGCUUUUCUCCUUGCAAACACACGAAGCUGCUCAGUUUCAAGGACAGAUCAGCCGCACAGCCUGUCUUUGUUCAUUUUCUGCCAAGAAACUUGAGUCUUAAUGUUUGUGAAUGUCUAUUCAACUGACCCCAUCUCUCCUUCAAUCAUUCAAACCCAAGGCUUGUACAUGGGCAUUUUCUAAAGGGACACCAUUUGCUAUUUCCAUGAGACACCGACCUACUGUAGCUGGAAACUAUGAAAGAUUGUUUUUCCCCUUAUGUUUUUGUUUUUAUUUCAGCAACAAAACUGUUACAUAAAGUGUGCCUGAAAACCAACACAGAGUACUAUCUGGUAAUGGAAGAGAGAAACACUGUUAUUAUACAAUCAAUUGUAUUAUUUUGCGGGGCACCAAGGGAGCGUUUAUGCGUGGCUCAAAUGUGGCACGGGAUAAUUUCGACAAAUCGUAUGAAUUUAUGUUUAAAAUCAAGAGCAACUUUGAUUGUAUAUGAAUUCACGCUCGCACACGUUCAGCCUAAACUGUACAGUAUAGGGUCCAAAUUUGAAAUAAACAACCCUUGGUGCUCCGCAUGAUGUCCAUAUGUAAAUAUCUUCAAACGUAUAAUGUGUAUUCUGAAAUCUGAGGUGGAGUAAAAAAAAAAAAAAAAAAAAAAAAA